CAAAGGACUUUCAUCUCUAUAAACCUGCUUACGAUAAUCGAAUGUCCCGAGACAUGUAAUGGCACAAACAUUUUCUUGUUCUUUUAGUCUUUUUCCGUUUGUAGGCCCUGUUCGUUCAUAUAGGCGUACAGAUAAAUAGAAAUACAAAAGCUGACAAGCAGCCCAGUUAAACAUGUAGAUAAUUAGUGUGAUUCAUUCAGAUUAUUUAGUCAACCGCAGCAUCUACGGGCGCCACUGUUUAACAAUCAGCAAUCAUAGGUGGGAAUAGUUUAUGAGCUCUCGUCAAUCACAUUUAUUCUUUUUCUUGCUUAACAACAAAAUUGUUUGGCUUGCUGUUUGUAAUUAACGUGUGCUCAAAUGAUGUGUAAAUUGUAGUGAUCGAAGCUAGUUUUUGUGCCUGGUUGAUGGUUAAUUCAUAAACUUAGAGUUAUCCAGUCAGCGAUAUUUUGCUCUGUAUGUAAUACAUAUCUACAAGUCACUAAAAUCAAAGACUACUUUGGAAAAAUGCUUCACAUUCGAAUCAGUCGGUCAGACUGUUAUAUCUUUCUAUAUACGAUGCUCAAUGUUCAACAACAUUAAGAGCAAAAUAACAAAGAUAGCAAUGUAUAUUCUUUCCUUUAUCAAGAGAAACACAGAGCAAUUUCUUUUUAUAGAGUGCCGAAUAUCACAACCAUUGACCAAGAGAAAUAAUAAAAGAUCAACUCUGAUAAUUACUACUCAUAUAGGAACAAGGUGAAAUCCAAGCUAAGAUUCUGUCAAGUGGGACUGGAUGUCAAUCCUUACUUUCAAAUACCUGCUGAGACUGUAGGUAUGGACAUAUCAUCUAGCACAGAGGUCUACCUGACUCCAAUGACCACGCCCAUUAGUGUCACAUGGUCCUCAUUGUCCUGCGGUCUUUAUUCUCUUCCACAGCAGCUGCAGCUCUCCAUGGUUCAAGAUGAUGGCUUCACAACAUUGCUUUCCAAACACAACAUGCUGCUUACCUGCGAUGUAUGCACAAACUUUUUGUUUUAUCUCGCCUUCACAGCCAUAGAACCCGAGUAUUGACGUGUGUAGCAUAAGGUUAGGAGCUAAUCGCAGGUAACACCACAAUCACACCGGGACAUUGAUUGCAGGCUGCUCUCCACACAGCAGGUGCCACACCUGCCUCAGGUGUCACGGUGGGAGUUUAAUCUGAGCUCUGAUUCUUACCGUGAUUUACCAGUCUAUUUAAACCCCUACACCACCUUCAUAUUUCAGGUAGAAACGUUUUAGUCAAAGUUAUGGUAAAGACGUGAGGUGGAAGUCCAACCAAAACUUAGAGAAGGAUGUGAUAGUUAAAUAUUGUUUUAAUUUCUCUAUGAUUUAACUUCUAUUCAAAUGUUUGAGUGUACAAAUAUUAGUGUAUGCGCUAGUUGACUUGAUCGUUAAUUUCUAAUUAGUCGAUGCAACAGGUGUGCCAGUUUGUAGGUGGGAGGACGAAAAUCUCAGGUAGGUUCGAGAACAUUAGCUGUUUAAUAACGAGGGACCUCCUACCUCACCGCGCAGAUACUACAGGUGGUGAUAGGAGCUCGAAGCUUGCUCUUGCUGGCUCUCAAGCUCAGAUUCUGAAGAAUUGUCCCUGUCAUCGUCAUUGUCAUCGUCAUUGUCAAGAUCAAGUGUGCUACUUGGAUUUCUCUGGCAAAGAUAAGGAAAGAAAGAAAUAAACUAUCAAGACUGUAACCCUGAGGUUCCAGAAUGAUCCUGUCCAUACUAACGAAGCUGCGCCAGCUGAAGCCGGGCAAUGAUGAUGAAAAGAUGCUGGAGAAAAGAGGCAGCAUCCAAGAGAUAGUAACUAAAGAAUUCCAAGACUUUCUGGAGAAUAAAGCUAAGGAAAUGUACCCGGAUAUGCUGAGCACCUAUUACUUUGUUCCUCCCGUUUAUUUCAACAAGAUUCGCUACAAAACACAAUCUAUAGGCGAUGAAGCCGUCUACGUCCCUGACCUUCUUGACCCGAGUGAAGCAAAACACGACCGAGCCAUGCAGCACGUGCUGUACUGCUUACGUCACAUGGCGGAACAACAACAACAAAUGUUUGUCCUGACGCAGUUCCGGUACGAAAACUACCUGAGCAAUCCUGGCAACGACAACGCUAAACACAGGCUGCCUGUACCUUCUGGUCUUAAAGGGGCUGACAAGCGCACCAAGUGUUUCGACCUUCUCAUUUUUCACCGAAACCUUGGGGUCAUGGUCGCGGUGGUCAAGCCUGUCGUCGGUGAAGUCACCGAAAGUCCAGAGGACCAGCAGAAGCUAACCUCACUAGUGGUUACAGAAGUUUCCGAUGCCAUCCAGCAACUGAAGAAGGCGGACCUCAUGCUGAAACAUCUCAUGUCGGACCGAGAGAAACUUCCAACAAUCAGAGGAACCAUAAUACUGCCAAACCUUGCAAAACCUUUGCUUCAGAGAGCAAUCGACAGUAAUGUCAAACUGCUGGAGAACUUGCGGGAAUGUUUGGGAGCGACUGCUGACGACUCCCCCGUUGACUUGUGUCUGUGUGCUGAGCAGUUAUCAUCCCCAAACACACCCUGGGACGUCAGUUCUGAUGUAGUCACCAAUGUCCAGCAGUGGCUAGAGAAGCUGAUGAGGAGUACAGUGGAUGGCGAGAGCAUGUGGGAGGAGCUGUAUGUUAGCAUGGUCGCCAGAUUCUGUGGGCCGGCCACUAAGUCCACCCUACAAGUCCCUAACGGAUCUGCACCCUUCGUGCUGCCCAAGACCCUGGACGAAACCGUGUCUUUGACAGGACAGAUAAUCGAGGGGCCGAUAAUCUAUUCGGACAUGGCUGAUCUGAUGACUAGUCAGAAGGCGUUCCUCUCGGGGCCACCCAACACGGGAAAGACGAGGAUGCUGAGUCUCGUGGGAAGAAAAUGGUUGUCCAGCGGCCAUGAUGUGUUCAUCCUCAAUGACGCGUCUUCAAAGACCGACAGUUUUCUCUCGGAACACCUGCAGGCUUUAUCCACACCUGAUGCAGAGUCAUCUACAAAGUCUGUUUCUGGAACGGUCUACAUUGAAGUAUGCGACUUUAAGAAGAAACCAAGUGAAAUUGUUGGCAGAAUAAACAGCAAAAGAGGGGACAAGACUCCACAUGUCCUCCUGGAUGAUGUGCAGCUUGACCAGAAAAAUUUCAAUACGUUGAUGGAGGCAUUGCUGAAUGGUUUGCCCGAAUUCAUCUCUGGGUGACAUCCACCAGUCGUCUUGCAUGUCCAGAAGGUUUACCUGCCACACUCCUGACCAGGUGUCUUAACAGCCCACCGGCAGUUUUCAGAGAAGCGCCACCUGCAGAAGGGUGUUUAUGGGAAGAACAUAACUACAAGAGAAGCAACAAAUUACGUCUGUCCUACAGAUGGUCCUCCAGUGAAAUAUAUCCGCUAUGAAAAAUCGCCCAUACCUUGGCUGGCUGCUGCACAUGAUUCUAGAGAAUGUGGACAAAAAGUGGGCGACUUUCUCACAAAAAUCCUCUUGAUUGCCAAAUCAGACCCAGUUGAGGCUGAAGCGGACACAACGAAACCUGCAAUGUCAAACCGAGUCGACGGUGGAGCGAAGGUCCUCCCUUCAGUGCCGAGACAUUUUGGUGGUGUUUGAGCGCGAGGUGAAGGGAGACAACAACUUCCUGA